AUGUUCCGUGUGCUCCGACCACCUGACUAACUGGUACUAUGAGAAUGACGGCAAACUGUACUGUCGGAAGCAUUACCUGGAGAAGUUUGGAGAGUUCUGCCAUGGCUGCUCUCUGCUCAUGACCGGGCCUGCUAUGGUGGCUGAAGAACACAAGUACCACCCUGAAUGCUUUGUUUGUCUGAGCUGCAAGGUGGUGAUUGAGGACAGAGAUACCUAUGCUUUGGUUGAGCGGUCCAAACUCUACUGUGGAAGGUGCUACAAACAGGAGGUCCUCAAGCCCAUGUUGGAAAAACACUCUCAAGACUCGGUCAUUCACUCCCUGCCCCACACAGUGACCCUCAUCUCCAUGCCCUCUGCAGCGAACGGCAAGAGGGGCUUCUCGGUGUCGGUGCUGAGAGAUGUCGCUGGUUCUGCAAACGUUCAAGUGAAAGAGGUCAGAGGCAUGCUGAUUAGCCCAGAAGUACGAAAUGCCAUCCAUGUUGGAGACAGGAUCCUUGAGAUCAACGGUCUUCCUGUUGACACCCUGAUGGAGCAGCAGGUGGAUAACCUCAUCCACUGCACCAGUCACACGCUGCAGCUGCUCAUCGAGCAUGAUCCCGUCAGGCUGAGGCUGGGCUCCCCCAGGAACCAGCUGGGAGUCCCAGCCACCUCCCGCAUGCGGCUGUCCUCCCCGUCUGACGCCAUCCUGGAGAGGACAGAUGUUGCAGAUGAAGGCACGCUGAAGCGCAGAUCAUUACGGCGGAGCAACAGCAUAUGCAAGUCUCCGGGGCCGAAUUCCCCAAAAGAGUCUCCUUUGAUCGGCAAAGACAUCGGGCGCUCCGAAUCCUUAAGGUCUCCCAGCAGCUGCUCCCACCGCAUUUUCCGACCAUGUGACCUCAUCCAUGACGAGGUUUUAGGAAAAGGCUUUUUCGGACAGGCUAUCAAGGUGAUUCAUAAAGCCACAGGGGAAGUGAUGGUGAUGAAAGAGCUGAUCCGGUGUGAUGAGGAGACGCAGAAAACGUUCCUGAAGGAGGUCAAAGUGAUGCGAAGCCUCGACCACCCCCACGUUCUGAAGUUUAUCGGCGUGCUAUACAAAGACAAGAGACUCAAUUUAAUCACGGAGUUCAUUGAGGGAGGCACCCUAAAGGAUGUCAUCAGAGAUAAGGACCCGUUUCCAUGGGAACAGAGGGUCAACUUUGCGAAAGGCAUCGCCUCCGGCAUGGCCUAUCUUCACUCAAUGAGCAUCAUCCACAGAGAUCUCAACUCUCACAAUUGCCUAGUUAAACUGGACAACACCGUAGUGGUUGCAGACUUCGGACUGUCCCGGGUCGUCGUGGAGGAGAAAGCCAAACCUCCUCCUGAAAAACCUUCAAACAAGAAGAGGUUGUUCAGGCGGAUUGACCGAAAGAAGCGCUACACUGUUGUGGGGAACCCGUACUGGAUGGCUCCAGAAAUGCUUAAUGGUAAACGCUACGAUGAAAAAGUGGAUGUUUUCUCCUUUGGAAUUGUUCUUUGUGAGAUCAUUGGAAAAGUCUACGCAGAUCCUGAGUGCCUCCCCAGGACUUUGGACUUUGGCCUAAAUGUUUGCAAGUUUGCAGAGAAGUUCCUCCCUGAGGACUGUCCUCCGGCCUUCUUUCCUCUGGCGGUGGCCUGCUGCGACCUCAUACCCGACAACCGUCCACCUUUCCAGAAGCUCGAGGACUGGUUUGAAGCUCUGUCACUCAACCAGGAGCUGAGAAUCCCACUGCCAGCCGAACUGGAAGAACUGCAUCAGAACCUGAGUCGACUCUACUGGUUUAGAGAUCCGAGCCUGGUUACCGAUGAGCCAUCCACGCCGACACCAUCCUCCCCUGACUGCCCCGCCAUGACAGAUACUUAGUGUCCACGCCCACAAGGUCACCUUCUCCUAACUUCUGCACUAACGUGGACGAGACUGAGAAUCAGAGCCAUGUUAAAACUGGAGAAUCGGACGUUGCUGGACCAGACCUGUGAGGCUCUGUGAAGAGCGCAAAGAAACAUUUCAAAAUUCCAAGUGUUACUAAUUAUCUUUAGCCCCAAUGUACAGCAACACUGGGCUAUUUUAAUGUUUACACUGUAAAUAAAAUCAACUUCAAGAUAGGCGAUUUUCUGAAGCCUCUUGUGACCAUUCAGUUUUUCACGCAGCUUGUUGUUUGCUCAGUGGAAUGCACGAGUCAGUCCUCGCCCAAAUGCACCUAACCCGCAAAGAAAACAAAUAUGGCCGACAAUGAAGACGCAGCGCUGGUCAGGAUGUUUACCGCCUUCAAUCUAUUGCACGGAAUUAAAAAUCUCUUUAGAAAUUUGUGCAAAAGAGUUAGUUUUUUAUAAGAUUUCUGCCUUAUUUUUUAAAGUUUAGUCGUUAAAUUCCCAAACUAGCUGUAUUUGUUUAUCCUGCUGCAGUUUGUGCAACAUUUCCAUGUCGUAUUCAGGUUAGCGUGAGUCAUUCUUGCAGUAGCAGGUCGCAGCUCAAUGUUUGUUUAAAUGUUUUUAAUGCGAUUAACAUUAGGUACCAGACAAAACAGUUCAUUCCACUCUGCCCUUUUCUAAUCACUCUGUUUGUGUCGUUGGAUGUUUUUAAUCCCAAGAUCAUUUUCUUAGAAUCCACACAUUCUCAACUCAGACGGGGAAACUUUUGUGAUGCAAGAAUGCAAAUCACCUUUUUUUAACCAAAUUGCCACAAUACCUUAGUUUUAGACAAUUUAGAAUUUUUUACCAGUUUUUUUUAGCCACAAUUCUUAAAUUUACUGACUUUGUUCAUUUCUGUAGUUCUUCUCAAGAACUCUGCUUCAAACAGAUGCACGGCGGUAAUGAGAUUUUGAUGCUAUUCAGGAAACUGAGCACAGGUGAAACCUGAACCAGCUGUGUCGGCUUAACUUUCUCUGACCCAGAAUAGUUUCAUCACUUUGAGAUUUACCAGUAAAUACCAAGGAUGUGAUUUUUCUUCUGAAGACCACUGAUCUCGUCUUUUGUGGUUUAUGUACUUUACGGGCUAAUGAUUGAAAGAAUAAUGAACUCUUACAGGACGGAAGCUCCUCUGUAAUGUUGGACUCUUGUGAGCGGUCAAACAUAAUCAUUCAAGAGCUGACCUGAAAAGCUUGCUUUGUACAGGGGGACCAGGUUUUUUUCUUUUUGCUAGUUUUGUAAAUGUGUACAUAGAAGUUCCUUUUGUUUUUUAGAUGGGGAGUUUGUACUCUUAUUUUGAUAUUUCUGCAGCAUAUUGCUACAAUAAUGCGAAAAUGACUAGUUGUAACCACUUUUAUUUAUGUUGCUGUAGUGUUACCUGAUUAAAAUUAGUUGAUCUAUUUUUAUUUAUUUUUUUAUUUGAUUUGUUUUCGUGACGGUGAAGCAGUUGCUUGAGACUGGUUUUUUUCUGGGAUUACUGCUGAAUGUUUUUGGAACCCCUUAUUUUUAUUUUAUUUUUUUUACCAAAUUAGAAGAACACUUCAUUUGUUUUAUAAGCAAUCAGUUUACAGAAGGCCUUUGAUGUUUAAGUUUUUGUCCAUAUCACAAAUUUUGAAAAAAAACAAUUAAAGUUUCAUUUGAAAUCA